AUGCCUAAUCGUCGAAAUCCCUCAGAUUUGCCUCUAGUUCCUUUGACAGAUUCACAUUUGAGGACUGCUGGCAUGUCAUGGCUGACAUCCCCCUCAUACCGACAGUCCUCUCUGUCCUUUUCCGCUACAGCUUUCCAUUCUGUGACUGACGUUCUGUUGGAAAAUCCCAACCUCAAUUCCAGCCAUCUUUUCCGAGCUGAUAUCAUUUUUGAUAGCACUGGGAUCUUGAAGACUAAUCGGGAGAAAGAGGACUUCCGCUGCAUUCCGCCUUCCAACAGCCAUUUGGGUUGUGAGGAACAGCAACUUAAAACCAGCAAUGAAGACGAGGCUCUUCCUCCCUUACCGUUUCCUGGUUUCGAGCUUAGAAGAACCAUUCUCAGACGCUUGAUACCCCGAAAGCCGCAGCUUGACCAAUCAUUAUUGCAGACAUGUCACAUCUACACCGCUGAAGACGAAGAUCUAGCCGAUUUCGACGAGGUCCCUUCCAGCGAGAAGGCCCAUGAACAUGUAUUUGCCCCUCUAUCGCUCGAUGAGAAGCUCAGAAAUAAAUCGGUCUAUAGGCAGGCCGUCGCGCACCACUCCCAGCAUUUAGUAGUGUACCAACCACACGCUGAUCCUCUGACGGGGAAGAAUAUGCCUUGGUACCACCCACCCCUAAAAUCUCUGGCGUUUCUAUAUAGGCGUGAGAGACUCGAUAGCUCAGAGGAACAAAACCAAACAAGCAGCGCACUAUCCGUACACUUUCGAUUCUUCUCAGGGAGCUGUCCUGCUGAUGAUCCUCGGUCUAUCACAGAUCGUGUCCAUCGUACGCUGUUAUCACUUCUCUCGACAUUCACACGAUUGGUUCGGAACACCCCAGUCUGUCUGAAUAUUCGUAAUAAAGAAGAGAGGCCAACGCGGAACUCAGCAAUGCAGUACAUCAAAGAUAACAUUAUUCCUGAGCACUUAGUCCAGAACACUUAUUCCAGGCUCAAAACCCAGUAUGCAGCAGACUUGAUAAAUCGCUGGGUGGAGAAGACCGAUCCAUCAAAGCAUGUUUUCGAAGAUCUUUCAAUCGCAGCUUUCUUGCUCGAACUUUGGAGGAAAAUGUAUGGCAACAAUCCAACCCACUUUCCUGGAUUUGUAGAUAUUGCCUGUGGAAAUGGGGUCCUAGUGUAUAUUCUCAGAAUGGAAGGUUUCCGGGGAUGGGGUUUCGACGCAAGGGCGCGCAGAACCUGGUCUAUCUUUCCUACAAGCAUUACUGCGUGCCUCAAACAAUCGGUCUGCAUUCCAAGACCAUUUCUCGAAGCGCUACAUUCUAUCGACUACCCGCUUCCAGAAGAUCUGCUGGUCCACAACGGCAUAUUCGAACAAGGCACCUUCAUUGUCUCGAACCACGCAGAUGAGCUCACUACAUGGACACCACUUCUUGCAGCUCUGAGCUGCCCAGAGUCUCCUUUACCGUGGCUUGCAAUACCAUGCUGUUCUCAUGCAUUAUCAGGCGCGGCAAAUAGAUACCCAUCAGUCCUUCGCCAACCAGGCGACACAAAGGUUCAACAUAACAUCAAAAAGUUAGGCCCCGGCAAUGAUGCGGAUACUAGUCGUGAUGAGCAACCUAGGACAGGGGAUCUAGCUGCCUUGCGCGCUUCGAAAGACCCGGCCCCUCAGUCUUCCGAGCGGAAGUCACCAAGUGGAACCAAAUCUGCGUACGCGUCGCUCGUGGACCAAGUCAUCUCCCUGGCGACGAAACUUGAUCCUACGGAAGAUGUCGAAAAAACACUGAUGCGAAUUCCAAGCACCAGAAACAUUGGGAUUGUGGGAGGGCAGCUGAGAGGCCUAUCAUCGAAAACGGGCGGCGAAGGUCCGCUUAUGACGUAUACAUCAAACGCAGAACAGCUCGAGCGGGAGAAGCGUGCGGACUUGACCAGAAAAACCGUACGUGAAAUUGUAGAGCAGGAAUGUAUGAGAUCAGGGGGUGUAGAAGACGCUGCAACAAUUUGGAUGGGAAGGGUCAGAACGGCAAUUGGGACCACCCGCCACACGUUCGAGUCUGGUUAG